AUGUCAUUUAUUUGGGAUGCAAAAAAUAAUUUUAUUCUUUUACAUUUUAUUACUUUGCAUGAACAACAAUCACAUAUUAAUUGGUCAUCAAUUGUAAAUGAUAUUAGCCUUGAAAUUUGUUCAACAUCAACAUUAUUAAAAAUUCAAUAUGAAUAUUUACUUGAAAAUUUUUGUCCAAAACAAGAUUCGAAAUGUCUUUAUAAAAUAUUGAAAGAUACAUAUUUACAUUCAUUAUGUCAAAAAGUUGAAGAUGAUUCUAAAUUAUCACUGGAAAUUGUCUAUGAAUUAGUAAGACAUGCACGUUCUAAACGUAUUAAUGUUAAUGAUAUUGAACAAUUAAUUAAACAAUGGGAUUUUAAUUAUGCAUCAGAAGAACAAAAGAAAACUAAAGAACAUCUUUUCGAUAUAUUAAAUCGUCUUCGUGAUUAUAUCCAGAAUUUACCUAAGACAGAAAAUUCAAGUACAAAUACAUCACAGAUGAAUCAAAAAACAAAACAAGAUGAAGAUUUAGAACCAGUAUCAGAUACUGAUGAUGAAAUGCCAGUAAUACAUGAAACAAAUGAAGUAAUAAUAAAUAUUAAUGAUGAUCAAAUGAUACUGAAUAGAAUUAAACAAGAAAAAUCUUCUUUUACACGUCGUCGUACUCGAUCUUUAACAAUAUUUACUGAUAAUCAAGAUAAUAAAAUAAAUAUUGGAGUUGAAUGGUUUGUACCAAAAUUAAAACGACAACAGAGAUCUUCAUCUUUGCAUGCUCCACUUCAAUCACCUCCAUCACAAGAUCAUAAUCUUGAACCUACUGAAAUAUUUAUGACGAUUCUAGACAACGAUGAAUCUUCAAAUUCAACAAAUAGUUCAAAUAUUCGACAUACACAUACUCAGCCUACUAUAUCUUGGUUACCACUUACUAAUGAACAAAUUGCUAAAAAAGAAGAAGACCAACAACAACAAACAAAAUCAAAAUUAAUUGAUGAUGAACAAUUAGAUCAAGUAUCGUCUACAGAUUCUGAACCAAUGGAAAUUCAAUUGUCUUAA